AUGGCAGUGUUCUUGGCUCCAACUCGAGCGACUCAGGCAUUUACACAAUCCCUUUCAAGUCCUGGUGGUGCCCCUCUCAAAGAAGUGCGGGUUUCACGAUUUGAUCCUGUUGGCACAACCUCUGGCGAUGUGGGAACCUUGCUCUAUAGAAUCUCCGAAGAUCCAAAGCAGGAUGUUGCUGUGGUCUUUCUUGGUGGCCGCAAAUUUGUUCUGCAAGACUCAGAUGCAUUCAUCAAUGGGAUGAAGAGCCGGCUGGUUGUCAUGCUGAACUCAGAAGAUGCAGCCACAACCUUCAGGCUGGAAAACAAAGGCCAAGAGGUCAGCGCUGGUGGAAACUUUGGGAAAGACGUGAAGAUUCUCGGCAAGUUCUGCGAGGAAUUUCGAGAAGAAACCUAUUACCUUCGGCUCUUGCUCUUGAGCGACUGGCCGGUUCUCAUCUUCCGUGCAUAUCCCAAUAAAUGGGAAGUCUACCUUGAAGCUCUGGAUGGUGAUGUUGUGAGGCUAUUGUACGGAUCUCGCAAGCCGCUUCCUGAAGAGAUCUUGCAGGAAAUCGCCAAAUACGAGGAGGAGAACGGCAUCACAAACGCAGACAAAAUGGCGAAGAUCCAGUCCCGUUGA